AUGUUUAGUAUCCCGAAUCCUGAGGAAUCUGAGAAGCCGCAAGAGAAGUGGAAGUUAUCUAGAAGAGACCCGUCAGUGCGGAUGUUAGAUGAGAGAUUCAUAAGGAUACUGAAAAUCUUCAAAUGGGGACCCGAUGCUGAGAAAGCCCUGGAGGUGCUUAAACUGAAAGUGGAUCAUCGACUAGUUCGUUCGGUUCUGGAGAUAGACGUUGAGAUCAAUGUCAAGAUUCAGUUUUUCAAGUGGGCUGGUAAAAGAAGAAACUUUCAGCAUGAUGCCUCCACUUACAUGACCUUGAUCCGCUGCCUCGAAGAAGCUAGGAUAUACGGUGAAAUGUACAGAACGAUACAGGAGGUGGUUCGUAACACAUAUGUUAGCGUCAGCCCAUCGGUGCUCUCUGAGCUUGUGAAAGCUUUGGGACGAGCUAAGAUGGUGAGCAAAGCUUUGUCUGUGUUUUAUCAGGCGAAAGGACGCAAAUGCAAACCCAAUUCCAGCACUUACAACUCGGUGAUUCUGAUGCUGAUGCAAGAAGGACAGCACGAGAAAGUCCACGAGGUUUACAACGAGAUGUGUAACGAAGGUGACUGUUUCCCAGACACGAUUACUUACUCUGCGCUUAUAUCCUCGUAUGAUAGAUUAGGUCGUGAUGAUUCUGCGAUAAGGCUGUUUGAUGAGAUGAAAGAUAAUGGUAUGCAGCCUACAGAGAAAAUAUACACCACGUUGUUGGGGAUAUACUUUAAGGUGGGUAAAGCGGAGAAAGCUUUAGAUCUUUUCGAGGAGAUGAAACGAGAAGGUUGCUCGCCGACUGUUUAUACUUACACAGAACUGAUCAAGGGACUUGGUAAAGCAGGGAGGGUAGAAGAAGCGUAUGGUUUAUACAAGAACAUGCUUAGAGAUGGAUUGACUCCUGACGUUGUGUUCUUGAACAAUCUGAUGAACAUUUUAGGGAAAGUGGGUCGAGUGGAGGAGUUGACGAAUGUCUUCAGUGAGAUGGGAAAGUGGAGAUGUACUCCCACUGUUGUUUCAUACAACACCGUGAUUAAAGCUCUGUUUGAGUCAAAAGCACCUGUUUCGGAAGUGAGUUCUUGGUUUGAGAAGAUGAAGUCAGACGGUGUAUCUCCUAGUGAGUUCACUUACUCGAUCCUUAUAGAUGGUUACUGUAAAACAAACAGAGUUGGGAAAGCUCUGUUGCUUCUUGAGGAGAUGGAUGAGAAAGGCUUCCCACCUUGUCCUGCAGCGUACUGCAGCCUCAUCAACGCUCUUGGAAAGGCGAAAAGAUACGAAGCAGCGAAUGAGCUGUUUAAGGAGCUGAAAGAGAAUUUCGGGAAUGUAAGCUCUCGAGUAUACGCCGUGAUGAUCAAACAUUUUGGUAAAUGCGGGAAGCUAAGCGAAGCUGUGGAUCUCUUCAAUGAGAUGAAGAGCCAAGGAAGCGGUCCUGACGUUUAUGCUUACAACGCGCUUAUGUCAGGGAUGGUGAAGGCUGGUAUGAUAAACGAAGCUAAUUCGUUGCUUAGGAAGAUGGAAGAAAACGGUUGCGUCGCGGAUGUGAACUCGCAUAAUAUCAUCUUGAAUGGGUUUGCUAGAACAGGUGUGACGAAGCGAGCUAUAGAAAUGUUCGAAGCUAUGAAGGGUUCUGGUGUUAAGCCUGAUGGUGUCACUUAUAACACUCUUCUUGGAUGUUUUGCACAUGCUGGGAUGUUUGAGGAAGCUGCAAGAAUGAUGAAGGAGAUGAAAGAUAAAGGAUUUGUUUAUGAUGCAAUCACUUAUUCAACGAUACUUGACGCUGUUGGCAAUGUAGAUCAUGUAGAAGAUGUUUCAUUUGUGUAA